UUUUGACCUUGUUGAGCGUCGUAGAAGCUGUCGUGUGUUCGAGAUUUUACGCCCAGAGGCUUAAGUUGUCGCGUGCGUGCUCUUUGCACGCCCUUGUCGCUUCACGACAUCGCGUUAUUAGGCGGCUGGAUCGCGUCAUCGGCUACCAACAUGGUCCUUUGGUUAACGUACUUACGUUCGCAGAUUCGCCAUCUCAGCCCUGGAGGGCUAGCAUUGCUAGGCAGGUUUGGAUCUGCGCCUGCCAAGUUGAUAACAGUCUGAACUAUAUAACCUCGAUGGAUUCCUGAGGUCUUACAGUCCUAUCUGCCUCGGCGCGUCGCAAAAGUCAUCAUGGCGCUCUUCGACUCGCCAAAGAACCCUGGACAUGCGUCACCGACCUUGAGUUAUGGUCAUGACGAGGAUUUCGAGCGCAUCGACCCUGAGAUGGGUGUCAAGCGUGGACUCAAGACUCGACAUUUGUCCAUGAUGGCUUUGGCUGGUAUCAUCGGUCCUGGCAUCCUAGUCGGCACUGGAGGCGCGCUCUCAAAUGGCGGACCUGCUGCUUUGCUCAUCGGUUUCGGUAUAAUCGGUAUUAUUGCAUGGAGUAUUACGCAGUCCUUAGGCGAAAUGACGACACUCUAUCCUACGGGUGGCGCUUUCAUCACUCUCUCCAAACGCUUCGUUGACGAAGCGUUUGGCGUCGCGAUGGGAUGGAACUACUGGCUCGUCUGGGGAUGCGUACUUGCCAAUGAGUACAACGUGAUCUCCUCACUCCUUGUCUUUUGGAGUGACAAGGUACCUUUGUGGGGAUAUUUCCUCAUCUUCUGGUUCGCGUUCCUCGGGUUUCAGAUGCUUGGAGUCGAGUCCUUCGGUGAAGCUGAAUUCUGGUUGGCUUUGGUCAAGUUGUUUGGUCUCUGCGCUUACUUCAUCUUCUCAAUUAUCUACGCUUCAGGUGGACUGAUCGGACAAGAUGAAGCUCUCGGCUUCCGAUAUUGGCGAGACCCGGGAGCAUUUACCAAUGGAUUUCGAGGAGUCGCGCAAGUCUUCGUAUUCGCCUCAACCUUUUAUGUCGGGGUGGAAGCUGUUGCAGUCGCGGCGACUGAGACCAAGAAUCCGAGUGUCGCCGUACCCUUAGCCAUCAGGCAGGUUAUCUGGCGCAUCCUGUUCGUCUACAUGGGUGUUGCAUUCUUCUUUGGCCUCACUUGUCCUUCAAACGCGGAGGGGUUGAUCAACGGCGAGAGCCGUGCCCUAAAAAGCCCGAUGACAAUCGCAAUCCAGAAUGCUGGCUGGGAGGGAGGCGUGCAUCUUAUCAACGCUUUCAUCUUCAUCACUGUUGUGUCGGCAGCCAACAGCUCCAUCUAUAUCGGAUCUCGUACGAUCUUGUUCAUGGCCAAAGACGGCGGUGCACCCAAGUUCCUUGGUUGGACGAACAGUCGCGGAGUGCCCGUUUACGCUAUCCUCCUCACCAAUCUAUUCGGCGUUCUCUCCAUGAUGAACAUCUCCACCGGUGGCGGUAAAGCAUACUCAUACAUCAUUAACCUGAGUGGUGUCUCGACUUUCCUAGUUUGGGCAGGUAUCUCAUUUACACAUAUCCGGUUCCGACAGGCCUGGAAGGCACAGAAUCGGUCACCCGACGAGCUUCCUUUCAAAGCAGCUCUACAUCCGUGGAAUGCCUACUUCGGUCUGUUCGCAAACGUUUUCCUCGCGUUUGUCCAAGGUUGGACCACCCUGUCACCCUUCGACGCUGGCAUGUUCGUCGAUGCAUACAUUUUACUACCACUGUUCGGCCUCAUUUUCUUCGCAUAUAAGUUGUGGAAGAAAACAAGAUGGUGGAGGAGCUAUGAAGUGGACCUGAAUUCUGGCAUGAGGAAAGACUUGGACGGAAAGGACGAAGCCAUCGAGCCUGUUGAACACAAGAGUUUCUUGAAGCGUGUGUGGGCUAGCUUCUAAGCUCUAGAUCAUGCUCCGGCAACGUAGCUCGUUUGUAGCCUACAUGAAUGUUAGACUUGGAAAUUUGUGAUAUCCGAAUCACGGCAGGCAUUCACAUGCACAGAACACAAAAGGGAAACAUCUAUCGUAUUCUAUCUCGCACACAUAUCAAUGAUACAAGAUUGCAGAUAACAUCAUGUGGAGUUUGGAAAAUCACUGUCACGAGCGAGGUCGAGUGUUCGAGAGAAACAGGC